CGAAGCUCAUCGCAUCGGAACGAGCGUCGAGGCUCGAGCUGCUCGCGCUGCAGAAAUCACGGCGCCCCGUGCGCACCUCACGUCCGGAUCGCAUUGCCGCAGCUCUUGCGAAGAGCGCUGCUGCUUCGAGACGGGACGAUGAGAUCGCUCCGACAGUCCUGAGCUCCGUAGGUGGAUGUUUGAGAGAUCGUCGGAAGAGCGAUGCAAUCAGAUAGCACGAUGAUGCAAUUGGGCGAAAUUAGCCCGAGACGACGAUGAGCAGCAGCAGCAGGAGGACGAGUGGGAGGAGGAUGCUGGCGCUGGAGCUCUGGUGCGGGCGGUUCGGUGGACGCGGUGCGGAGGCAUGUAAUUCGUCGAUAGAACGGUGGCUUGGUGAAACUCGCUGAUCCGGGGCCGAGGUGCAGGGCCGAUUCCAUCUUCCGCCGUUUCCUUCCCAGGGUGGUUAGGCCGGGGAAGUGAUCGAGAACUUACGCCGCAUGCACAUGCUGCAUCGAGCGGUUCGAGAGCUUGUGGCGAAGAGUAUUUUUGUUGGUGGCGGCUUGGAGGAGUUCAUCCUUAGGAGCGUUCGGUGCGCAGGUGAUAUUUCCGGGAGGACAGGCUAGCUGCUGGAGGGAGAUCAAAUCAAUGCGAAAUAGAGUUGGGCUUUGUUUUCGGUUCCUCGUCAAUUGCUAGCAGCAGCAGCAGCAGCCGCGGCUAUGGCUGGUAGUAAUCAGAAUUCUGUUCCCUCCUCUCUUCCUCCGUCUGUGGACUCCCCUGAGAGGACUUCUUCCCUGCACUCGCAGUCCUCUCUGAAUGCCGCAGGACCAAGUGCGCUCGAGACAGAGAUGUCGGAGCAGCAGAAUUCUGGCAAGCGACAAGUGGAAUCAGACGUUGACGUCGAGGCCGUGGAAAAUCGUCAAGAGGACGCGAAUCAUUCCUCUAACGUGAGAGAGAGAGAGGAGGAGAGUCAGUACGGGGAUGACGAGAAAGGAGUGAGUGGCGCUGAGACUGACUCUGUAGAUUAUGGCGAGGUGGAAUCGGAAAUAAUGCGCGAAGGGGGCGGCCGCGAUGGAUCUGUGUCCCCUUCAUACAGUUCUUUGAGAGUAGAGCCUGACCUGGAAGACUCGCAAUCGCAUCUCCGUUUGGAAGAGAUUUUUGAACGGGAUGGGAGCGCAACAGAGUCGGGGGUGGAUCUUGAAAAUCUCUCAGAGCCUUUCGCAGUGAGUGAGCUGGAACUGAUCGAGCGUGCUCUUCAGAGUCUACAAAAGGUUCGGAGCCAUUGUAAGAGGGAGGCUGCAGACAGUGUCGAUGGAGAACCGGAUGAUGUGGGGGUUGACGAAAGGGGCCCACCGUCUCCAGAUUACUCUAGGGAGCUGAAUGGCGUCUCAAGACUGCUGAAGAAGGUUCAAGCCGUAAGGGCACAGAAGAGGGACGCACUUUCUACGAGACGAAGAGCAAGCAACCGGAGCCCGAGACCACAAUCCAUAUCGACUCAUGGAGACCAAGACAUGGACUCAGCUGAUAUGCUGCAAGUAGUACAUGCAGCCUCUAGAGCAGCCCUUUCAGCCGCUAAAUCUGCAGAAGCUAUGGUUCACGCGAUGGAUAGAAAUUCACAAGCUAUUGAAGAGCUUUGCAAAACCCUGACGACUUCUAGCACCGAAGGUGCAGCCAAGGUGAAUAAUGACGAAAAUAGUCAGCUUAUGAAGCUUCAGCAAAGCGAGCUUGAUAUUGAGCUUCGACAGGAGGAAAUUACUAAGAAUCUCAUUCGACAGAACCGAUUAACUCAUUGGGCUCUUGGGUUCAUGCUCGUUUCAACAUUCGCCUGGCGAUUUGGUGUGGUAAAGUUUGUGAAGAAGGUGAACAAUGCUGUGAACAACCCUUUCCAGGCUGUAACGGAUGUUUUCGAUAAUUUCAAGGGCGACAAGAAAAAGGGGAAGAAAUCUGCAAAGCAGAACAAAGGACUGAAGCUGCCUUCUAUACUCCAUUCGGAGAGCGAUGACGAUAAGGAGGGCAAUGAUGGCGAGUUACCCUUCAAGUUAGGAAAUAUAUUGCCUCAUAAAGAAACUGAUACUGAGAUCCAUGCCUCUGCUCAUGCACAUAGAUCUGAGCGCAAUUCAGACGGACCUUUCAAUAUAGGAAAGAUUCUGCCUGGAAGAGGAGACUCAACAGAUGAUGAUGAACAGUAAGUGUUCCGAUGUACUCUAGAAUAAAGUGUCAAUUUUGUACCAAGCAA